GACUAAGCUUGCAUAUGCAGAAACCCCAUUUCCGGCUCUGCAGCAGCAAGGCCACAAGAUUGCCCAGCUCCAGCAACACUGCCAGGACCUGGCAGGUGGCAGGCAGAAUAAAAGCCAGAAUCUCACCAGUGGGAAGAGCCCCCAAGAUGCAGCCCAGACUGCCUGCUCUCCUGUGCACAAUUGCAGCCUUCAUCUGCCUUGGUCCAAGCAAGAUUGAGAGUGUCGACAUAUCUACAGAUGUGGUGUAUGAGGAAGAGGGACAAUCUGUGACCUUGGAAUGCAAGUUCACAGUCAGCUUUGCUUACUAUAUAAUGUACUGGUAUCGACAGUCUUCCAGUAGAGAAAUGACUCGCAUAAUUGAUAUUUACUCUCAAAAUAGGCGAAACAGUGAAGGGCGAUAUUCUGUGGAGUUUUACAAAGAGAGCCAAACUCUAAAGCUCACCAUCUCGAGCUUGACACUGAGUGACUCGGACGUCUAUUUCUGCGCUGUCAGAGAGGUGCACGGUGAUGGCAGUGGCAGGGAGUGCCUUACAAAAACCCCCAGGGCUCAACACCAGACAGCCACCUGCUCCAGGAGCCAAGGAGAGAACAGCCCACAGAACAGGAAGAGGGUAGACAGAGGCAUGGUAGGUGGCUCUUCGGGGUCUAGAGAGAAGGUAAUGAAUGUUCUAAAAACAAUUUUCCCACAUUUGAUAUUAAAGAAAGAGUUGUGGUUACAAGAGCAUUUUCAUCUCUGAAUCUGGUACCUAAGCACGGCUGAUCCAAGGUGUACCUCUGUCAUUUCUGCCUGCCCAACAUCCACCCCCCUUUUUGGUGACAGCACCAUGAUUUUCCCUGGAUAAACAAGCCUCCCACCCCACAACUGGGUUUGGAUGAGGCUAACCCCAACCUUGGACUCCCGACCCAUGAGUACAGUUUAUCUCUGACCACAGCCAUUGGUUUAAGGAUAGGAACAUGACCCAAGCCCACAUCCCCAAAUUUAAUAUGGAGCUAUUGAGAAUGCUGUUGGAGAUGGAAGAGGCUAGGACAUUAUUAAAAAGCCAUGAGAAGCCGAAAAUGGAGUCUUUUCCCCCCUACAAAAUCAAAUCAAGACCCAAUUACAAUUUCUACCUCUCCCAGAAAAUGUGACUUUAAAACAGUCAGUCAGGAAGUUCCCAUUGUGGCUCA